CAGGAGUAUGUUGCUGCUGUUCUGCUUUGCGUCCUCGCUACAAACGCCUGGUGGACAACAUCUUCCCUGAGGAUCCAAAAGAUGGCCUUGUUAAAGCAGAUAUGGAAAAAUUGACAUUUUAUGCAGUAUCUGCUCCAGAGAAGCUGGACCGAAUAGGUUCUUACUUGGCAGAAAGGCUGAGCAGGGAUGUUGUCAGACAUCGUUCUGGGUAUGUCCUGAUUGCCAUGGAGGCCCUGGACCAGCUGCUUAUGGCCUGCCACUCUCAGAGCAUCAAGCCGUUUGUGGAAAGCUUUCUGCAUAUGGUGGCCAAGCUGCUGGAAUCGGGGGAACCAAAACUUCAAGUUCUUGGAACAAAUUCUUUUGUCAAAUUUGCAAACAUUGAAGAAGAUACACCGUCCUACCACAGACGUUAUGACUUUUUCGUAUCUCGAUUCAGUGCCAUGUGUCAUUCCUGCCAUAGUGAUCCAGAAAUACGGACUGAAAUACGAAUAGCCGGAAUAAGAGGUAUUCAGGGUGUGGUUCGCAAAACAGUUAAUGAUGAACUUCGGGCUACGAUUUGGGAACCUCAGCACAUGGAUAAGAUUGUUCCAUCUCUUCUGUUUAACAUGCAAAAGAUAGAGGAUGUUGACAGCCGGAUCGGCCCCCCUUCUUCUCCUACAGCUGACAAAGAAGAGAAUCCUUCUGUGCUGGCUGAGAACUGCUUCAGAGAACUGCUGGGUCGAGCAACUUUUGGAAACAUGAAUAACGCUGUCAGACCAGUUUUUGCGCAUUUAGAUCAUCACAGACUGUGGGACCCUAAUGAAUUUGCAGUUCACUGCUUUAAAAUCAUAAUGUAUUCUAUUCAGGCCCAGUAUUCUCACCACGUGAUCCAGGAGAUUCUAGGACACCUUGAUGCUUGUAAGAAAGAUUCUCCACGGGUCCGAGCAGGUAUCAUUCAGGUUCUGUUAGAGGCGGUCGCCAUUGCUGCUAAAGGCUCCAUAGGGCCCACUGUGCUGGAAGUCUUCAAUACCCUCCUGAAACAUCUGCGUCUCAGUGUUGAAUUUGAAGCAAAUGACUUGCAUGGGGGAUCUGCAAGCAGUGUCAGUGUAAACACAGGUCCCAAAGACAAUGAUGAGAAGAUUGUGCAGAAUGCUAUCAUCCAAACGAUAGGAUUUUUUGGAAGCAACCUACCAGAUUAUCAGAGGUCCGAAAUCAUGAUGUUCAUCAUGGGGAAAGUACCCGUUUUCGGAACGUCUACUCAUACUUUGGAUGUCAGUCAGCUGGGGGAUUUGGGAACCAGGCGGAUUCAGAUAAUGUUGCUGAGAUCUUUGCUUAUGGUCACAUCUGGAUACAAAGCAAAGACGAUUGUUACUGCACUGCCAGGAUCUUUUCUGGAUCCUUUGUUAUCACCAUCUCUCAUGGAAGAUUAUGAGCUGAGGCAGCUGGUCUUAGAAGUAAUGCAUAAUCUCAUGGAUCGCCAUGACAACAGGGCAAAGCUCCGAGGGAUCAGAAUAAUACCAGAUGUAGCAGACUUAAAGAUAAAAAGAGAAAAAAUUUGUAGGCAAGACACAAGUUUCAUGAAAAAGAAUGGGCAACAGCUAUAUCGGCAUAUAUAUUUGGGCUGUAAAGAGGAAGACAAUGUUCAGAAAAACUAUGAGCUACUUUAUACUUCUCUUGCUCUUAUAACGAUUGAACUGGCCAAUGAAGAAGUGGUUAUUGAUCUCAUUCGAUUGGCCAUUGCCUUACAGCUAACAUCAAGUUGUUACUGCUUUGUUCCACCUGACAGGCUUCCAAAAUCUUUAGAGAAGCAUGACAAAAAUUUGUACUUUCUGACCAACAAGAUUGCAGAGUCUCUUGGUGGAAGUGGAUAUGGUAUAGAGAGACUUUCGGUGCCAUAUGUACCUCAGGUGACAGAUGAAGAUCGCCUUUCUAGGAGAAAGAGCAUUGUGGACACUGUAUCAAUUCAAGUGGAUAUUUUACCCAACAAUGUUCCUUCUGAUGAUAUGGUUAGUAACACUGAAGAAAUCACCUUCGAAGCAUUGAAGAAAGCAAUUGAUACCAAUGUAAUGGAAGAACAAGAAAAGGAAAAGAGACGGCUUGUAAUAGAGAAGUUCCAGAAAGCGCCUUUUGAAGAAAUAGCAGCGCAGUGUGAGUCCAAAGCAAAUUUACUCCAUGAUAGACUUGCUCAAAUAUUAGAACUCACUAUACGUCCUCCUCCGAGUCCAUCAGGAACCCUGACCAUUACUUCUGGGCAUGCUCAGUACCAGUCCGUCCCAGUCUAUGAGAUGAAGUUUCCAGAUCUCUGUGUGUACUAAGUUGCUCGCAAAGACCUCAGCAUCGACUUGUAAAGCCUAAAAAUUAGGUGCAGGCCGACUUUUCAGGGUUUACUUAAUACAUAUUAACAUAUUGUUUGAAAAUGAUGAUAGAAGUUACUUUAAACAAGCGGCUGGUGUACCAUACUAGAAGUUUGAGAGCGGUAUGUGAGCACUUCUGAAGAUAGAUUAUGCCAUGUUAACUUGAUUUUAGGUUCCUUUUGGUUUUUAGAGUUGAGCACAUAUAAAUCAUAUAUUCCUACAUUGUGAAACAGUGUAUUUUAAACUUUCCACAAACAUGUAAUUUUUUUAAAAAAUUGAAAACGUAUGAAGUGUCUACUGUAUUUCUUGACUACUUACACAACUGCUUAGAAAUAGAAUUGCUUUUAGUUUUGGUUAUCUGCAAAAGUAAAUGUAUUCCUAAUCCUGUUGCAAAACAGUUACAUGGCUUUCUGUCCCCACUCUUUAAGUAAGUUGUGGCCAGCAUCUUUCUAGUCUUCUACUCUAGUACUAUGUAGUAGGCAUUCCUUACUGUGUUUAGAGUAAUACCACAUCUAUUGAGUGGUGUUCCUCCAUUAUGACUUCUAAAAUGGCCAUACUCUAAAGCACCUAGUUCUUAUAAUAUGCUGUUUUCUCCUGGGAGUUUAACCACUUGAGAAGCUUAGAGCUUACUUUUGGAGUACCGAACUGUGCAAUAUUUAUACAUCGUAAGAUGUAUUAGUUUACAAGAUAGUGAUAUUUUGCUGUGGCUUCGUUAAUUAAAUUAAAUAUAUAUAUUUAGUAUAGAAGAAAAGGACAUUUAAGAUUGCUACUGGUUCACCUGUGAGGAGUCUUUACAUUUCAAUUUCUAUUAAGAGCAAAUUAAUUUACGUUUUUAUAUUGUGCAUUGUUUUCAAUCUUUGUAGUAAAAAAUAUCCCAAAUGUAUUUUUAAUGUGUAAGAUUUGAACUGAAACUUGUAUGUGUCCUCUGUUUAGGAUUAUUAACAUUACAUUUGAAAAGAGUGCCUGCGUUUUACCAAAUAUGCUGCAUAAGGUCUGUGGUGUGGGGUCCGUCCGAGGUCACGGGGCACUCUGCAUUCAAGCAUUUUAGGGACUUCCAACUCAUAGUAAUAAAGACAUAUCUCUUAGGACAGUUUUUCUAAAAUCACUUGUCAGAAACUUUUUUUUUUUAGUUACACAAACCAUAUAUAAAAUUGUAACUCAAGAAAACCUUUUCAGUGGCUUUUGUGUUUCUUUGGAAAAUUGCAGCAAAGAAUGGGAUCCUUUAACCUUGUGUUUGUAGCAGAUUUUUGGACCCCUUUAGGAGAAAUAAAAAAGAAGAGAUGGUAGGAAAAUAAGCAUACUAAAAAGUGCUUCAGUACAUGUAAGCCAAAAUACAAAUCUUAAAAAAAAGAAAAGGUCUAGUGAUUUAAACCUAUAAAAUGCUACUAAAACAUCCUGAGCUGUUGGGUAAGUGCAGGCAAUCCAGACCUUGUUUUCAGAAUGACAGUGCAGUCACAGCUGUGGGACCAAAAGAGCCUAUUACAGUUGUCACUGGAACAUUCCCUCUUCUUACUGGGUAAAAUAUUUCACAAGUUAGUAAGCCAGAUUGUGAUUGCUUUUAUUUGCAUUUCUUCUGUAUUUUUAAAGAACUGUAUUAAUUUUUGUCUGUGGAUUUAAAAUCUAAGCAGGGGGACAUACAAAUAACAAUCAUCAUCCACUUGGAUGCCAUUUUAUAAAUUAACACUGUGUGCUUUUGUAUGAAAAAAGUAUAGUUUAAUAGUACAAAAUAUAUACAUUAAUUUCCAUUCAUGCAAAAUACAAACUUUGCUCUACAAAAUUUUUUUUUCUUGGUGAACUUACAAAUGCAUGCUUUGCAUGUAAAGGAAAACCAUUGCAUUUAAUGUUUAUCAUACCUUUCACUUGCUCUUUGGAAACUGUUAAUUUGGGUUUUGUUGGGUGGGAGUUGUAUUUUUAAAUCACAAUAGGCUUUCAUCCUAAGUACAGUAGACUGAACAGGUCCUGUUAACAAGGAUUCCCCAGAAAUGGGUCUUUCCUCUAGUUGACGCUUGGAUGCUUGCAGGGUCAGGGCUAGAGCUGUGCUGGAGGCAGUUGAGACACAGAAAGUUUGGGAUUUGUCGAAGUUCACUGUAUUGCCAUACGUCAGUAGAUACCUAAAACUCAUAAUCAGUUGUUAAUCAUCUUCUGUUUGCUCUGUAUAGUUAGCUUAUAUCAUUCUUUCAUAUAACAUCGAAUAGUCAGCAUUUAAAUGUUCUCUUAUGCUUGUGUUUCUGUGGCUGCAUAUGUAGAGUUUGAUUGGAAUUUGCCUGAACAAAUACACACACACACACACACACACACACACACACACACACACAAAGUGCACAUGCAUUCUUAGUACUUCUGGGCUCAUUACCCUUUAGAAUAAAUACCACGGAUUACCGAGAAUCACCUUCCCAUUCCCCAAAAUGUUUCUUGUCUUCUUGUCUAGAGAUGGAACUCAUUUGUCUUAUUCAUGCUGAUACACGUGUUAAAUGUACUGAAGUAAGUUUUCAAUGUUAAAAAUUCACUUUGCAAUCAUAUAUAAGCAAUAAAAUAAAAAUUGAAUUACUUGUG